GCCUGCCUGUAACGGAACGUAACUUUAGCGGAAUCCAUUUUCUGCGUUGUUGUGACAUUUUGAUUUUCGCUCUUCUGUUGUGAAAAGAAAUGAAUACUAUGUUGUUUAACCUUGAAUUACUUCAAUUAAGUGAUGAUUGAAUUCUCCACGUUUUUGAUAUGCUCCAAAAAAUAUAACACAUGUUUAUCAUACGUGAAGUAAUACAUAAUGGGUUGAAGUAGUGAUUGGCUGCGGCAUUAAAUUCUUCGGUUUAGCACAUUACUUUGAGUAAUAAAACGCUAAGCACGAGAGAACAAUGGAGCUGGACGUAUCGCCGAUGGAAUCGGUUGAUAACGAUAUGGAAUACUCUGAUAAUUCAUCGGAAAGUAAAUACAUGUCAUGCAAUAAUAACGACCAGUACACUGUUAUUCGCAUACCUCAAGAUGGUGAAAAACCAAACAAACACUCCUCUAGGAAGCAAUCUAAACGAAGAAAAAAGAGUUCAAACCAUUCUAGACCAUUACCGCGAAUUAUCGUUAAGCCACUUCCACCGCCUCCUCCGCCAGAGAAUCGCGAGUGGACCGCGGCCACUUCUUCCUCAGACACCAGUUCGGCGUCCAGCAAGAGGCCGUCCACGAUGCGAGAAGUGCUAGCUAGCAUACCAGGAUUUUGUAUUAAGCCUAGAAAGCGAAGCAGCAAGAAGCUGUCAACAGCUGCUCAGUUGCAGCAAACUAGAGAAGGCUGCAUAGAUUUAGAAACUCCAGAUUCCAUUUUAGUUAAUACUAACAUUAGAGCUCUGCUCAAUAAGCAUACAUUUUCUCUACUCCCUAAUCUCUAUCAGUAUAAGCUUGGACAGCUGCUGCCCAAUGUAGACAGACCUAGCACAUCAGGUCGGCUAAGUUCAUCUAGUCUGAACAAUGAAUUUUUUGCCAGAGCAUGUUUGGAAUGGCAAGAGUCUCUAUCUGGUGGAGAAUUUACACCAGAGAAUCAGCAAAAAAUGAAGACUGAAGCCGAAAAAGAAAAAAGCAAAAUUGAUCCGUGGAAAUUAAAACACUUUGAACCUUUCUGGGGUGAAAAGCAGCAAAGGGAAAAAUCAUCCAUAAGUAUAAAUUCAGAACGUCCAUCUUUAAAAACGACAAUCAAAUUAAGGCCUACAGCUUCAAUCACCAGUAGCAGUACUGUUCCAAAGAUCAAAAAGAGUAAGUCAUCCAGUUCUAGUAAGAGACUGCGUUCUGUUGGUGCAGUAACUAGAUCUUCAGCAAAGGAGGCUGAAGAAGCAGAGGAUGAAGUGGCAGUUGGCAAUAAACCCUGUGCUCCAGUUCCAGGGUUGCUACCAAUUAAACAUGGUAAAGGUCAGGGUUAUGUUGAAUGUCAGAUGGACUUUAGCUUUUCUGACUCCUCUGCAACCAGAAUAGAGGAAUCCGUUUCCUCUACCCCAAUAGAUCCACUUCUGCUACCUGACAAUGAUGCCGGACAUGACAUUAAGCAAGACUUAGAUAUGAGUGUAGUUAAGAUAGAAGAAUGUAGUACAUCAAAAGACUGUGAUGAAGAUAAAGUAUUAGACCCAGAUGCAGACACUGUUGCCGAAACAACCAAAAGAUUGAGUAAUGACAUAAAUGAAUAUAGGUUCUCAAAGAGAAUUAAAUAUGAAGAAGAUAUUGAAUUGGAUAAUACAAGUUAUUUGAGUCAGAACAAUGUCAGUAAUGAGAGCAAUAAUGGGUCUGAUGUAGAGUUAAAUUACAACACAGAGCAAAUGUGUCAGGCUGAAGAACUUAAUAUGUAUACAGUGCAAGACCAAGUAGACACUAACAGUGAAGACAGCAAAGCGACUACUUCAAUUUAUGAGUAUGAUGAGCAAAGUGUGUCUUCUAUGUCCAGUCUAAAAAUUGAGAACCAUUUAAACAAUAUAUCCCAAGCGUGUGAUAAUGUCACAGAAUAUCACAAUACUGAAGUAGAAAUAGAUCAGAUGAUACCAGAAGUUAAAGAGGAGGAUUGCAAAGAAUCUGUAUCCCCUGUAAAUGAUAUACCCGAGGAAUACACCGGCUCACAAGUAGCUGAGACAUAUACUGCCAGUGUUGACUCAGUUGAAUGCAACAAGUCACCACUCCCAGCAAAAGAUAUACAAUAUGACAAAAUGGAAGUUGUUGCAGAAACAGAUUAUGUGAAACCUUUGGAGCAGUGUGUUGUUGACACAGACAUACACAUAGCUGAGAAAAGUGAUCAAAAAGACAAAGAGACUGAAAACAAUGUACCUAGCUACUAUGACGAACAUUUCAAAGAUGCAGAGUCUUUUAUUUUAGAAACAAGUGGUCUGCCAAUACUAACAACUCAAAAUGAAGAAGAAAAAUACCCACCUCAGACAAACCUUAUGGAGUUGACUUCUUAUAUUAGUGAAACAAAUGUGACUGCUGUUGUUACAAUGCCAAUGUCACAGAACACGUCUAUUCCCAUGAUGGAAGUUACAAAUACAUCUGUCGUGUCAUAUCCCGAUGACCACCUCCAGGAUCCGGCCAAGCCCAAAAACUCAGCAGUGUUAUGGAAAAGUGACAGUGAUUGGACACAAAACGAAAAUGUUAUCACAAUACAAAAUUUCUCAAAUGUCAAUACAGAUAAUGCUAAAUAUGUUAAUGAAGACUCAAAAACCAGUAUGGAGGACGUGAACAUGAACGAAGAGAACUGUAUGUAUAAAACAGAUAGGGAUACGAACUUUAAUAUGGAAUCGUCUAAUUCGUCUGAGAGCUGUCAUUCAAUGAAAGACGUGCUGGUUAAACAAGAAUUGGAGCCGGCUUCGAGUCAUGUCUCCAGCACUACAGCGGCGAACCUGUCCAUUAACUCUACUACAACAACACAGAGUACUAGGAGUGCUGCAAAGAAAUCCAAAUCAGGAAAAGAAUCAAACAGAAGCCGUAGCUCGAACAAGGUGCCCCCUGGCGCGGUGAACCUGGAGCGGAGCUACCAAAUCUGCCAGGCGGUGAUACAGAACAGCCCCAACCGCGACGCGCUGCGCGGCCAGCUGCGGCCCCCGCCCGCGCUGCUGACGCGGCCCGCUCGCGCCCCGCGCCCGCCGCCGCCCGUGCUCGUGCGGCAACUGCCCGCCGUCAUGCCGCACGCUGAGAUAAAUGAGAACAGGUCUAACAACAUGGGACAAUAUAUCCUUGUCCAGAGAACACCCAACGUUGCUCCGAGGGCGUCUAGUGCACCACCGUCGAAUCAAAACAGCAAUGUUAACGUGACCAGAUGCAGGAGCGUGGGCGCGGACGACGCGUGCGUGUGCAACCUGCGCGCGAUGAUCCUGUGCAAGAAGUGCGGCGCGUUCUGCCACGACGACUGCAUCGGCUCCGCGGAGCUGUGCCUCACGUGCCUCAUCCGCUGACCCCCGCACCGCGACCAGCUGUGCAGGUGAAUUAGCUGACAGUACAGGAUCCCAAUGUAAGACGACCUUCACCCAUCUGUUUACUGGAUUAAAUAUUUUUAUAUCAAAGAGAGACGAAUAUCUUAUAUUAUUUUCAAACACCUACUAAGCUAAUCCAAGCGGCUUGUUGUCCCUUUUAAGUCAUUCACUUUAGCUUAAACUAGGUAUUGUUCAAUGACUUCAUACUUACGAAAUUUUUUUCAUAAUUUGAGUUUUUUUUUCGCUAGGAUGUGAAUUAGCUUGAGGUCAUUUUUAAUAUUGUUAACAGGUUUCUUGUAUUAGACUAAUAUCUGUCGGAGCGGCUUACAGACGGUGAACUUACUAGCAUGGUGUAUAUUGCCUAUAGGGUUGCCUAAAAAAUUUCAGUCCAGAAUAUGAGUAAUUAACAAUUUUUUUUUUUUAUUUUAUCUGGUUUGGUUAAUGGACUAAUUCCAUACCAAUGGAACGAGCGAAAGUGUGAAACCUUUAAAAUGAAAAUUAUAUUUAAAUUUAGUCCUAGAUAUUGGACAUCAUCAUCAUAUUCUGGACUUUUUUUAGGCAAUAUAUUUAUUGACAUAUUUGAUUUAAUAUAAAAUACUUUUUAUUCAGUAAACAGAUGGGUGAAGGUCGUUUUAAUGCGGAUCUUAGACUAUAAUUUGAGGUGCACACACAAGUAUAGAUUGUCUGCUUUUGUAAGUUUAUAGCUAUGGGUGAAAUAAACUUGUACUUAACCCUGUUGAAUCUUUUUAGACCAUCACUCAAAAUCAGGUGAAAUCGUGAUUAUAGGGCUAAUUUGUCAUUAAAAAAAAACUGGUUUUUUUAGUUUAGAUCCUACUAAUAUUAUAAACCCGAAAGUUUGUAUGGAUGUUGGUGUGGAUGUUUGUUACUCUUUAACGCCGCAACUACUGAACCGAUUUGGAUGACAUUUGGAGUGGAAAUAGAUUUUACUCUGAAUUAACACAUAGGCAACUUUCAUCCCAGAAAAAUCCAUGGUUCCCGAGGUAUUUGUGAAAAACUAAAUUUCUCGCGGACGAAGUUGCGGGCGUCCGCUAAUGUAUUAGUAAGAUGUACAGUAGCCCUAAGUUGUGCAUGUGCAAGGAAAAUGGCUCAUUAUCAUAUCAUGUUUAUUAUAUUAGCGGAUGCACCUGACUUUCGCGACGUGAAAUUUAGUUUUUCGCAAAUACUGCGGAAACUAAGGAUUUUUUUGGGAUCUCCGUUCCAAAUUUUAGCCAAAUUGCAGUAUAAAAGAGUAACAAACAUAAGAACUUACGCCUACAUAAUAUUAGUGUGAUUGGUAGGAUAUUACAAACAUGCAUGUUGUGUGUUCACCUCAAAACUUGCUAAUUGACCAAGCACAAUAUCAUGUGCUGAACAUGGAUACAUAUAAUAACUUUAGCGGCUCUGUAAAGUGAAUGUGAGUGGACUAUAUAUGUGACUGUGGUUGUAGUAAUGGUGGUGCUAUAAGUUAAAAAAGCGGACAUUUUUAAAAAACCCAAAACUUAAUUUUAUUUAUAACAGUGUCAUUCAACCAUCAAGUGUCUGUGAAACAGAACUAUUUGAUAAUGUACAUAUUGUAAUUGAUUAGUUUUAUAUAAAUAGGGAUUGAAACAUGCUCCACACGAAUGAAAGUAUUAACUUUAGUAGCUCCUAACAAUAGAAGAUAUAUUUAUACAGGAUAUAUUAUAUAUAUGUUCAGAAAUUAUUUGUACCUCCACUUUAGCAAUACUGUAUAAAUAUAAUCAAACGUUGGUAAAAUAACUUGCAAGUUAUAUGAUAUAGGUAACUAGGUGAUUUAAUCAAACUUAAAGUAUACAAUGUAAUUCUUUUUUAUUCUGUUACAUUUAAUUUCUUUGUGUCUGUGUAAUUUCUCUAUGAAUGGGCAAAUAAGUCCACGAAUUAUUUAAUUGAAGUUUAUAUGGUAACCCAUUGUUUUAAAAGUAACGGCUAAUUAUGGUGGAUUGCACUACAUACAUAAAAAAAUCCAGUUUAUAUAUUGAUAUGAGUAGUGACCAGCCUUGUUAAAUAUUCUGUGCAAGCCACUAGCUGUAAAGCAUUACCGAUAGUCCCUGUGUCAUUUUGAUUAUUAGUAUAGUGUGAUCGCCAAAUUUAAACCUCUAAUAAGGGGAUUCUGUUGGUUUAUUGAGAAAAUUACCAAACAUAAUGAUUGCUUUGCCUCUUAUAUUCUUGGUAUAGUUAUAUAAGUACAUAUUUUAUAAUGUGCUGAUUAUAUAGUGUUUUUACCUAUUUUAUUAAUUUUUAUCUCAAGCCUGAAUUCCUGAAUAUAUUUAAAUUAUAUUAUAAAAGAAAUGACGUUAAUUAUGUCAUUUCAUUAAAAAGCAAGGAUAGAAAAACGAAAAUAUUUGAUAGACAGACAGGUCUAGUAUUUGUUUGGUUAGUUUCUAUACUUGUGUAGGGUUAGGAAAUAGUUUGGCAUUGAUUUAUAGUGGUAUAUUUAAGGCUAUGUACAUAUAUUUAUUGACUUAAAAAAAGGCUGUAAGAGCAGAAUUUUGAUAGUUUAAGAGCCCACUAAAUAUGCUAAUAUUUUAAAUCCAACUCUGUGUAUGUUGGCUCAAAAGGCUAAAGUAAACUGUUAGUGCUGAUUUGGUUGCAAAUGUUUCUUAGACAGACACAUAAUGCUAUAUUUUUGCAUAAACGUAUAAUGAAAAAUAUGGCAUUAUUUGUCAAUUACAUUACUAAGAUACCAAGUAAAGUGCAUAGUGUUAAAUGCUACAGUGCUGACACUUAUAUAUGGUAGUGGAAGAUGGGUAUAGCAGUACGAGAUCUGGCAAAGGAAAUAUAUACCCUCAUAUGUUAUUUAACUGGGAUAAGAAAAAAAUUAUGGAAAAUAUUCACGUUGACACAUUCCACAUAUGUUGCUUAGUAAAAUUGCGCCUGGAUAAACAGUUAAGUAAUGUGAUAAAUAUAUCCUCAUCAGUUAGUCGUCUAAUAUGUCAAAUGAAAGCUCAUUUUAAUUAUAUUGCCUUUGAUCUAGUUCAUGGUUUCCUAGAUUUUGUACUCACAUUUAUUUUCACUAAUUAAUAACAGAUGAGUGUAUAUAUUUCUAAUACCGGAUCUUAGACUAUGGCAGGAGAUAAAAAUAAAAUAAUGCAAUACAGAUGAGAGCAAUGACAGAUACGAGAAUGAGGCGUGAUAUGUUUGUAUGUCUGCGUUAAAUGCGAAAUAGCAGAGUUAGACAGUUAUUCUAAGGUGCCUAUAUGUAAAAAUAUCCGUAAUAAAAAAAGUAAUAUAAGAUAAUGUUUUACUAAGUCUAUAACUUGUUACUUUAAUUUUCCUUCUUAUGGCGUGUAAACUAAUAUACUAUACUAAGUUGUAUAUAUUUUAUAAUGUACCUUUAAUAUUUUUAUAAGGAACUUUUUUAAUACCACAGAGCUUCUUUGUAAACUUAUAGACUAAGAGUCCAAGAAGUGAUAUUAUAUGGAUGUGGAAAGUAUGUCUUUCUAUAGUCAGCGAUUAUAAUGUCCUACAGUUAAGCAUCCUUCCCCUUAUUCUCAAGGGGUUUGAUAUUAUAUUUAUCACAUUGGGUCUAUGAGGGUUGGCAGUUGAAGUACUUUUAUUUCUAAUGCUGUAAGGGUUAAAUUAUCUAGUGUUAAUAAUAAUCACAGGUACUGUUUAACGCACAAGUGGAUCUCCAAUUAAAGUAUGUAUAUCUAUAUGAAUAAACAAAGACUGGAUUAUUUGCUUACAGCUAGAAAUAUGUGGACUUGCCAAAUACCUUUACCAAUUCUUGGCCUCUUAGUCUAUGUAUGUACUUUUUGUAACUAAGCCAUUAAUUAAAGGAAGAAAGUGAACUUAUUACAUUGUCAUGUUUCCGUGUCCAAGUCCUUUUGAAUGUUAUCUGUGAAAAUUUAGUUUUUGAGUUUGUUACUAUAUGUUUCACAAGUCUUUAGAAUUCAAAUGAAGGCUAUCCUGAUUUUUGAAACAUUUGUUUUUUUUUUUCAUAAUAACAUUAUAUAUUUGUUACGGAUAUAUGGUAACAGACCCAUUGUACUAUGGUGCCCAAUUUACUUGUAGACAAAUUACAAACUCGAUAAAAUAUGUCAGUUUUAAAAAUAGUGCUAUGCCUGUCAUUGGGGAAAAUUGAAAAGGAGAUAGUAUUAUUUUUAGUUCUGUCUGCUUAAAACUGAAUACGCACCAUUUUGCCAUAUAAUUUCGCCAAUAAAGUAAAAUAAAAUAUCACCAUCACAAAAAAAAAUAUGUUUAUUGUAUAAUCUUAUAAUACUCUAUAAUAUUUUAUAAGUAUACAAAACGUUGCUCACUCUCUAUCACAAGUAAUUAUAGGUAAUGAUAAUAUGUAUACAUAGAUCACAUUAAUAAGGACUGUUAAAACUAAUAUUUUAAGUAGAUAGUAUACAAAAGCCUAAUAGCAAACGAUGCAAACAUUGUUUAUGUUACAAAUUACUUGGCAGCACAUUCAGAAUUUAUGUUUAGCCCAAAUGAAAUAGUAAAUCCUAUCAUCGUUUUGCUGUGAUCCAUUCAUAUUGGCGUAGAAUUGAAGCAAAGUGUCACGUUCUUAUUUUUGUACGUUAUGAUAGAAAACAAUAUAGAUUGGCAAAUGCGUUCGUAACGAUACGGUUUUACGAUGUUCGGUUUCAAUUCCGAUAGAUUAUAAUAUACCAAAAAUAACACGUUAAAUUACGUUACGAAAAAUAACACGUUAAAUUGUAAUCAUUAUUUUCAGUUCACAAUAUGACGGUAGAUUAUAAUACCACGAGUGAGAUUAUAAAAUAACGUAUUUUACAAUCUAAUGGUUACAUAUAUAACGCAAUACAAUAACGCUUCAAUGCAGUCGCGUAAAACAUCGCGACACUUAGCUUGGACUUUGCGCUAAUGUGAAUGGAGCCUUUUAACACAUAAUGGCAUUGAGAUGAAUUAUAGUGCGAUAAUGAGCCUAAGGAUGAAUAAAAAAAUAUAUAAUUUUUUAAAUAAGAAACAAGCUUAUUAAAAGCUUUAAAUUCCCUUUGUUUUUUUGCUUUUGUUUAUCUUGUUCAAUUAAUUACCUACUGAUUUUGGUAAAGCAUUUUAUAUUUCACUUUAUUUCUAAAUAAAUAUUGUCUUGUAUGACAAUAUUUAUUUAGAAAUAAGCUACGUUUUCUAGCACGAACGAAAAAGCUUAGCGUACGAGAAAGUCACAUUAUUACUGAUAUCACAGGUUUUAUUUUUCCAUGAAAAUUAUAGUGAAUAUUAAAACGGUGUAUUCAUAAUUACGAGUAUGCUGUUUAUCUACAACACUAUGAGACUAGUUAUGUCUUCGUUUGAUGACUGAAGCUAUAAUUAUUUAUAUUUUUGUGUUUAAUACUUGCUAAAUAUUCGCAUUAUUGUUAUUUAUUGGUAAUUAGUUAUUUUAAGUACUUGGAACAUUUUCUCUAAAAUAAAAUAUGUUCUUGCGCAA